AUGGAAUUAAAUAAUUUAAAUAGUCUAGAUAAUUCAAAUAGUCUACACAAUUCAGAUAAUUUAAAGGCUGAGGAUAUUGAUCAAUCACUCGAUCAUAGCUCUGGCGACGAGAAAGUCCUCGACGAUGACGAGGAGAACCCGGUCGAGGAGCGUAUCGUUGAGGAAGAUGACGACAUUAGAGAUGAAGAGGAAGAGGAGGAUGCUGAUGAGGAGGCUGAAGAUUCUGACGGUGAUAGGCCUACAAAGAAGAAGCGCAAGCAGAACAACCCAAAGAAUAGAUUUUUGGAUGUUGAAGCUGAAGUUGACGAUGAUGACGAAGAAGCUGACGAUGAUGAUGAAGUUGCUGGUAAAGACCUCGAAUUUAUCCAAGAGAACGAAGAGCCUGAAGAUGUCGGCAGAGAUAUCAGAGGUGGCCACACAACAAUCGAUAGGCGCGAAAGAGAAUUAUAUGAUCAAGAUGCUGAGCAAAUCGCUGACAGCUACAAGGAAAGAUUCGGCAGAUCAAGAUACCAAGGCGAGAUGAAUGAAGUUCCUCAAAGGUUGUUGAUGCCUUCAGUUGAAGAUCCAAGUCUUUGGGGUGUGAGAUGUAAAACUGGAAGAGAGAACGAUAUCAUCAUAUCAAUUAUGUCCAAAUAUGCGGCAAAUGAGUGGGGCCAGAAUCCUCUCGGUAUCUACUCUGCAUUUUGUCCUGUAUCAAUUCAGGGUUGGGUGUAUGUGGAAGCCAGAUCUUCUGCUCACGUCUUAGAGGCCGUUAAAGGAUUGGUUGGUGUUUACUCAACUGCAUCCCCUGAUCGCAAACCCUUUUUGGUUCCUGUCGAGGAAAUGGCUGACUUGCUCAAGAUUAAAAAGCAAGUAAAAGAAGUCAAACCAAGCUCUUGGGUUAGAAUCAAAAGAGGUAAAUAUCAAGGAGACUUGGCUCAAGUCAUGGAUAUCACAGAGAAUGGCGAAGUUGCAGGUGUCAAAUUUAUACCACGUAUCGAUCUUAAUCCCAAAGAAGACAAUACCGCCGUUGGUGCUGAUGGAAAGAAGCGCAAGAAGGGUAAAAGCACGGCAACCUCUAGACCACCUCAGAAACUGUACAACCAUGCUGAUAUUAUCAAAGCUUAUGGACAAACUUCUUCAACUAAGAAAGGUGACAAGUACGUUUUUCAAGGUGACACCUUUAGAGAUGGUUUAUUAGAGAAAGAUAUAACUAUUGCAGGUCUACAGACUGAAGAAGUUAAUCCGCAGAUUGAUGAAAUUACCAAGUUUACCGGUCAAAGCGGUGAAGGCUCUGGUAUGGAUUUGGGAAUGAUGGCUGAUGCUGUCAAGCAAUCUGGUGCCAUUCUUCAACCAGGUGAUGUAGUCGAGAUAUUUGAGGGACAAUUGGCAGGUAUUUCAGGUUCAAUUACAGCUUUAAGAGGAGAUGUAGUUACAAUCAAAGCAAAUGUCGAAGAAUUCCUUGAUAAAGAAGUCGAGGUAUUGUCACGCAGUGUUCGCAAGAAGUUUGCUACAGGUGAUCACAUCAAAGUUAUCAAUGGAAAGUAUACAGAUGAGACUGGGUUAGUUUUAUCCAUAAAUAACAGUGACAAUACUGUCACGUUCAUUUCGGAUAUGUCACAAGAAGAGCUUUCGGUUUUUUCCAAAGAUAUUAGAGUAGCUGCAGAAAUUGGUGCUGCUCAUAAUACAGUUGGUAACUACGAAUUGCACGAUUUAGUUCAAUUAGAUCAACAAACUGCCGGUGUCAUUUUUAAAACAGAACACAAUCAAUUUAAGGUUCUCGAUCAGAAUGGCAUAGUUAGAACGGUUGGUCCCAGACAAAUCUCGAUGCGUAGAGAUUCGCGUAGAGCAGUUGCAACUGAUUCUGAAAACCACGAUAUACGUAUAGGUGAUAUGGUCAAAGAAAUUGCAGGUGAACAACGCAAAGGUCAAGUCUUGCACAUUCACAGAUCAGUUUUCAUUUUCUUAUUCAACCGAGAAAUCAAUGAAAAUCAUGGAGUUUUCCUUACAAGAUCGACAUUAUUAGCUUCAGUUGCUCCAAAAACUUUAAAUAAAGCGCCAAUUGAUUUAUCACAAAUGAACCCCGCAAUGAAGAAUGUCAAUCCUAUCCAAGAGAAAGGUGGUAUGGUCGGCUCACAGAUGAUGGGUAAGGGUAUGAGAGACAAGCUAGCUGAUGUACCCGCACAAGUCAUCAGAGGAUCAUAUAAGGGUUUGAUUGGUACCAUCAAAGAGACAAAUGGAAAUCGAGUCAGAAUCGAGUUAAAUACUAACUUGAGGGUUGAAUCGCUACCGAGGGAAUGGGUAAUGAGACGUCAUAAUAAUCAACUCGUCAGUUUAGAUACAUAUAUCGGUCAACCGAGAAAUCAGAAUGCUGCGGUGGCAAGACACCCUUUGCACAAGGAGGAGCAACACCUUGGGGAGGAGGUGGACGUACACCCGCAUCUGGAGGAAGAACACCUGCUGCAGGAGCUUGGGCUGCUGGUUCAAAAACUCCAUCAGCUGGAGCUUGGGCAGCAGGCUCAAAAACGCCAGCUGUACGUGGAGGUGCAACACCAGGUUGGGGAGCAGGAGCAGGUAGUAAAACACCUGCGGGAGCUUGGGGAGCAGGCAGUAAAACACCUGCUGGAGCUUGGGGAGCAGGAGCAAAAACGCCUGCUGGAGCUUGGGGAGCAGGAGCAAAAACGCCUGCUGGAGCUUGGGGAGCAGGAGCAAAAACGCCUGCUGGAGCUUGGGGAGCAGGAGCAAAAACGCCUGCUGGAGCUUGGGGAGCAGGAGCAAAAACGCCUGCUGGAGCUUGGGGAGCAGGAGCAAAAACGCCUGCUGGAGCUUGGGGAGCAGGAGCAAAAACGCCUGCUGGAGCUUGGGGAGCAGGAGCAAAAACGCCUGCUGGAGCUUGGGGAGCAGGAGCAAAAACGCCUGCUGGAGCUUGGGGAGCAGGAGCAAAAACGCCUGCUGGAGCUUGGGGAGCAGGAGCAAAAACGCCUGCUGGAGCUUGGGGAGCAGGAGCAAAAACGCCUGCUGGAGCUUGGGGAGCAGGAGCAAAAACGCCUGCUGGAGCUUGGGGAGCAGGAGCAAAAACGCCUGCUGGAGCUUGGGGAGCAGGAGCAAAAACGCCUGCUGGAGCUUGGGGAGCAGGAGCAAAAACGCCUGCUGGAGCUUGGGGAGCAGGAGCAAAAACGCCUGCUGGAGCUUGGGGAGCAGGAGCAAAAACGCCUGCUGGAGCUUGGGGAGCAGGAGCAAAAACGCCUGCUGGAGCUUGGGGAGCAGGAGCAAAAACGCCUGCUGGAGCUUGGGGAGCAGGAGCAAAAACGCCUGCUGGAGCUUGGGGAGCAGGAGCAAAAACGCCUGCUGGAGCUUGGGGAGCAGGAGCAAAAACGCCUGCUGGAGCUUGGGGAGCAGGAGCAAAAACGCCUGCUGGAGCUUGGGGAGCAGGAGCAAAGACGCCUGGGGGAGCUUGGGGAGCAGGAGCAAAGACGCCUGCAGGAGCAAACUGGGGUAACAGUACACCUGCAAUCAGACCGGAUGAUAAUGAUCAAGGAUGGGGAUCAGUCUCACCAAGAAGAUCUGAAACCAGAGAUACCUUCUGCAGAUGCAUCCGAGUCCCCAGAAAGAGCAAACUUUGGUAGUACAUCACCUCAACCAAUGGGUCAGUCAAGCUGGGAAUCACGCGAUGAUUACUCAGCACCAACGCCAUAUGGAGGAGCUCCAACACCAUAUGGAUCAGCACCAACGCCUUACGGAGGAGCACCUACUCCUGGUGGAGCGCCAACACCUGGUGGAGGAUACAAUUACAAUACGCCAGGGUACAAUGCACCAACACCUGGAGGCGGAAUGGCACCGACACCAUAUGGAGCGCCUACACCAGCAAUGGGAGCUUCAACGCCUUAUGAUUCAAGUUCAGGACCGCAAAUGCAUGCAUCGAGAAUGCAACUUAGGCACGGGCCCCCAACAGACUGGUAUAAGGAUAACGUUAGUAUCAAGGUGAGGAUAGACUCGAUUGGACAAUUCGAGAAAGGUGCUUAUGAUGGAAAGUAUGGAUCGUUGCAAAGAUGUACACCAAAUGAAGACGUGAUAGUGAGAGUUUUGGAUGACGGAAGUGAGGAGAUAGUGCUAUCACAUCAGUUUAUAUCACCUGUGCAACCGGGAGAUGGAGCGUUUGAUAGACGCCAGCAAGCAAUGGUAAUUGAAGGAGAUUAUAAGGGAGAGUUAGCACAACUGUUAACUAACGAUGAAGACGAGUGGAUGGUUAAGGUAUUUCCAAGUGGAGAAGAAAAUUUCUUGAGUACAUAUUCAAUGGUACAAUAUGUAAAGUAG